AUGAUUGUGCAGUGGGUGGUGAAGGGAGGUAUUGAGGUGGACAUCGGAGCCAACCCCUCUGCUGAGGGUGGCGAGGAGGAGGCUGUGGAGGAUCAGGCCGAGAAGGUUGUGGAUAUUGUCGACACCUUCAGACUACAGGAGCAACCACCGUUCGACAAGAAGGCGUUCGCGGCUUACCUGAAGGUUUACGCCCAGAAGCUCGCCGGCCUGAUGCCGGCUGACAGGGUAGCGCAGUUCAGGGCGAACUCGCCCGCUGCGUGCAAGUGGCUCAUGUCCAAGCUCGCUGACCUGCAGUUCUUCGUUGGUGACAGCAUGAACUCGGAAGGUUCAAUCGCCUAUGCUUACUACAAGGAUGGUGCUGCCAACCCCACCUUCAUCUAUUUCAAGGAUGGUUUGAAGGAGGUCAAGGUUUGCACACCACCCCACCACCACGCUCUCCCAAUAGCUAGCGUAGGCCCAGCUCCUGCAACCACCCCUCUGGCCCUCGCCAUGGCUGCUGACGAAACCACCGAUGGUGACGACGAGGCACGCCGUGAACUCCAAAAAUCACCCCUGCGAACGGGCCUCAGCUUUCUACGAACCCCCGCUAAGAAGCUGUCGGAUCCGGAGCCCGUAGUUGCUUCAACCGAGGACGAAACCCGCGCGGAUGAAUCAGGGCGUGACCUGCGCUCACCUGAAGUUUGCACUACCACGGCGGAACCCUCACCUCCAGAAGCGACGGCUCCUGAAACGGAGAUAGGCGAUGCGGCUGGCGACUCUGCGAACAAGAAGCGCAAAGAGUCAAGCGGUGACAGUGCUAAGCAGUGGUGGCGACAACCGAAGCCCUCUGUGAAGCGGGCGGCACGUCCAAUUCGACGAGUGGAGGACGAGGGAAGUGAUGACGAGGAGGAAGAAGACGGCUUGUCGACUGUCGAAGAGAUGGCCCGUUACCCCGAGAUCGCUUUCGCUAAAGCGCAUAAGCGAUUUAAGACUUCAUGGGAGUCUUUGUUUCCGUGGCUAAUUUUAACUCGUGAUGACGUUGGCUUCCCCAUUUUGAGAUGCAGCACGUGCUUGGAACAUGGAGCUGAAGGCGCGAAAACGGCUUACGGCAAGGGAGGCAGUGGAGGGCGUGACAUGCAGAAGGGGAGCAUCCGGACGCACCAGCGCUCCACCGCACACCAGGACGCACACGCCGAGAUGAAGUCGAAGGAGAGCCGGAAGCUUCGUCAAACGCUGCUGAGCCAGUUCGAGGGGUUGGAUCGCAGCACUCUUCACAUCAUCACCGCUCUCAAGACUACCGUAUCCAUCUGCAAGUCGGAGGCGCCAAUCACCUCCUACGUGGGCACCAUCAAGUUCAUGGAUGAGCUCGGAGUCCCGAACCUUCCCUUGGAUUCCAAGGGAAACUACUUUUCGGAGGAGGCGUUGGCCGCGAAGGAUGCCGCUGAGAAGGUGACGGAGUUCAACAUCAUAGACCAAGCGGUGCGCAACGUGGCAGAGCAGCUUUCUAGGUCGAGCAACUGGCACCGGCGAUUCGAGCACCUUCAGGAGUACAUCUGCGAAACCAACCUGGAGCUGCAGGGGAUCCACGACGUGCGAUGGCUCUCUAGAGGAGAGGCAGUCAAGCGGUUCGCCAAGGUUCUGCCGGCGACAAUCGUCCUGCUGCACGAUUUCAAGCACGCGCUAUACGAAACGGUCACCUCUUUCAAAUUCCACUUCAUGCUUUUCUUCCUUGCAGACAUUCUUGCCGUGCUCAACGAGCUCAACGCCAAGUUCCAGAAGCAGCAGGUGACAUGUGGAGUGCUUUGCAACUAUUCAUCCCACGCCCACUCACAGGUUGACAUCACUGUGGUCGCGGGGGAGGUGUCACUCGCUUGCCGGACGAUCGAUGUGCGUUACGUGGACUGCGAGGAUCGUUUUGGCAACGAUCAGUCACCCCUGCUCUGCGCGUUCCUGAAGAAACACGGCAACCCCGAGCACCGCGAAGUCACUGUCAAAGGCAUGGACCAGAACGGCGAAGCUGCAGAGCACGAGUUCGUGCUUCACGAGCGCAAGAUCCCAGGCCAUAAGACUGGCGGGGACUACUACUCCUGCAAGGCGGUGUGCCAGGAGUUUGCGAGGGUCUGCGUUGCGCGACUGGAGUUCCGCCUGGAAGACCUCAAGAACCUGGCCGGCUCCAAGCUUUUCCGGCCAUCGUGCUAUCCCGACGACAACGCGCAGCGGAUGAAGAAGUGCCGCGAGUGGUUGGGCAUGCUAGACCACAUGUUUCACCACCGCCUCUUUGGAGUUUCGGUAUUGACUUGUGCUGCUCUGCUCCCUGCUAGGAGUAUUCUGCUGGAACCGGACCAGGCCAGACCAUCCCAUAUGUAG